CCUAAAUUUCUUACGCUUGAGUCCCGACUCGCGAGUUCAAUUUCUGGCGCAGGCUAUUGUAGACUACAUCAGGUAUUGGUGUAUUGUGACAUGUAGUAAGUAGGGAAACAUAUUACAAAUUUUGAGCUUAUGUUUGGAUGUAUGUAUGGGUAUUCAAACGCUAUAUCUCACUAGAGGGUGUCAGUACAAGAUAAGAUUGCAGAGGAAUAUUUUCAAAAAAGCCAACUGUUUUUCAAACGGUUCGAAAUGGAAGAUUUAUUCUUUCACCGAAGAAACGAGUCAAAUGACUCAAAUUUCAAUUGGUGUAAAACCCAUCCCCAGCAACGUCAACCUGCAGGAGGAAAGGCCGGUUUGCAUUUCCUUCACUUUCGAAGGUCACGUAGAUCAUUACAUAAAAAUUUCAAUGCGUAUGUCUGUUUUUCAUUGUUUCACUUUUUUCCGCGUCGAGAAUUUUUUAAGUCGAUGA